CAGGUGGGGUGGAGGCCGAGGAGGUGCAAGAGAGUGCCGAAGGAGAGGUGGGAGGGUGGAGGAAUGAGGGCGAGAGAGUCAGUCACUCGGCCAUGCCGUUACCAGGGAGAAAAGGUGGCAGCCACUCAGGUGUGCCCUCGUGCUUGCAAGGGAGACAUGGUGUGCCCUCGCCCUCGGUAUCUGCUGGGAGAGGGGAGGAGGGGUGGCGUUGACUCGUACAGCAUACACGUGUGGGACUUGGGCUCUGCUGGAUGCUCGUCUGCACCUGGUCAGCAGCGGUCAACGCAGGGUCAACAGAGGUCAACGCACAGUCAUCAGGAGUCAACGCACUGCCAACAUGAGUCAAUGCACAGUCAACAAGAGUCAAUGCACAGUCAACAGGAGUCAGCGCACAGUCAACAGCAGUCAACGCACGGUCAACAGCAGUCAACCCCCAAUCAACAGCAGUCAACGCAUGGUCAACAGCAGUCAACGCACGCAUCACAGCCAUCAUCGCACGUCCCAGCACAGGCCAAGUUGCAGCGUGUGUACCACCGGACCCUAGCCUUUGACUCCUGGACCGGCGUGGUUGCGGUAGCGGUGUCUGACACCGACGCUUACACUCCCAAUCACUCUCACAUUCGAUUGCAGCACGUUCUUUCCAGUCACACCCUGCUGGACAUCCACCCCUGCUGCGAAGCCUCUGAUACAGUCACAGACGUGGCGUUCAGCCACUCAGAGCGGCACACGUGGCGGCUUCUGAUCGGCUCGAUGCUCGGGGUGAUCCGUGUGUAUGACUUGGAGAGAGGAGGAGGGAGAGGGAGUGGCGGAGGAUCUGGAGAGAACCGAGGAGAAAGUAGGGUAGGAGGGGGCUGAACAGAGGGGGGAGUGGGGGAGGAGGAGGGGGAGAGAACCAAGGGGGGAGUGGCAUCCGGCCAUCUAUCAUGUUCUCCAUCAAGCUGUGGGAGCAGAUGAUGCAGUUCUCACUCAACGAGCGCAUCUUCUGCCUCACUACCGCCAUAAACAACACUCAAGAAGGUAUCCCUGGGUCCGCCUUCGCUCGGGUGUGGGAUGUGGAUGCUGCUGCUGUGGCCGCCCACCUCUGCCAGGUGCUGCCAUGUGCUGGCAGGUGCUUCCAUGUGCUGGCAGGUGCUGGCAGGUGCCGGUGCUGGCAGGCGCGGCCCCCUUUCACGGAGGUGCUUCACUUGGACUCCCAGCAGCCCUGCAUCUCCCCCACCACUGCCACUGCUGUACUGCUACGAGCCGAUGGGGCCAUCGCUCUGUGGACCACCACUCAGUGCAGCACUGACACUCAAUGCAGCAAUGAUAAUGAAACCGUUACAUCUCACUGCAUUACAUCUGACAGCUCUGAUGCAGCACUUGCUCCUCAUCCUUCCCAGCAGUGCCAGGAUGGCUUAGUCUAUCUGCCCGGCCCUCCUCUGUGGCAACCCCAAUCAAAUCUCCCUUCUUGUGCUGCUGCCUCGUCUGCUGCCGCUGCUACUGUUGCUGCUGAUGGUGAUGGUGGUGGUGGUGAUGGUAGUGAUGGGAACGGUGGGGGUGACAUUGGUGAUGGUGACAAUGGGGAUCAGGACAAUAGUGAGUGGGUUAUUGCGGACAGCAACUGGAGAUGGCUGGUUGUGGCACGAGGAAAUAAAGCACAUGUGCACGACUUCAUUCUGCGCUAAAUGUUUCGUUGUAGUGUACCACGAACAAUAAUAUCGGUUAUGAUCA